CGUCUUUGAUGCCUUUUCCACCGCGUGUGAAUCAUCUGAGCAUGAGCUAUUUCGCAUAAAUAUCGUUGAGGUUGAUUCUUGUUGAGGUAAGUUGUGCAGGAGAGAAAGAGGGCCCGAGGUGGACCACGUAUAUAUAUUUGUUUGAGGUGGAGAUCAUGCGGGCGGCCCUCACUGUCGUUGCUGGCGCCGCGGGCGUAGCUGGGAUGCCCAGCGGCCCCGUUGCCAAGGUGACUAAGAUGCUGUACGAUAUGCAGAAAGAGCUUGAAGCCGAUAGCAAGGCAGAUGAGGCUAGCUACGCCAAGAUGCAAUGCUGGUGCAAGAAGACGGUGCCGGCAAAGGAGAAAGCCAUCGCGGAGGCUCAAGCGUGUCAAAAAUCAGAAACCGCAAAAAUCGACAGCGCCAAGGGCCGCAUAAGCACCGCGGAGACGAAUAUAGCGGAACUGACGGAGCAGAUCGACACGGAAACGGAAGCUCUGGAAACAAUGACUGACAUGAGGAGAAAAACGCAGACCGCCUUCGAGAAGGCACAGAAUUAAGGCUCUUCUCCAAGAUGGAAUUGGAAAGUUAAUAUUUGUCUUAUCCUAUCUGUUUCUCUUUCUUCAUCGUCGGUCUGAUCCUCUGCACAGAAGUGCGAUAUCUGUGAUCGUGUUGCAGGUGGAGCUACAACAAAUUCAAACAGAAUGUAAAGCAAUAUUUCAAAAUGGAUGAUAUGCAGCAGCACCUAUGAUGGAUGUACUCCUCAGAGAGAGUUUCUAAUCGUAGGAGCUCGUGCAGACAGUGUCCGCCCUCGCGCAAGCGGUUGAAGUGCUGAAGAAGCACAACACAGGAUUCCUGCAAGCCGAAACGAGUGGCAAAGCAGUUCUCUCACGAGCGCAGCGCCUGCUCAAGGAGCGCGUUUCAGUCAUGGGGGCCCAUGUGAACAGCGUCAUCAACCCGAGCCAGCGACAAGCACUCACAAGGUUUUUCAAUUGCAAUUUGUAUGACAUCGAAGACUACUUUACCAGUCUCAGGUCAGUGGGGAACAUCAAUUACGGAGUCGAAAUACAUCAGAAUUAUCACCCUGGCAGAAGCAUGCUAACAACGACAACUUAUAAGAGCGAGAGGAAGACGCCAGAUGAAAUAAGCGCACUAGGAACGAAUAGUGGAAAAGAGCAUGUCUUUCUCUCCGUAAAAUGCACAACAUUUCUCCCAUGUAUGAACUAGACCAUUACUUCUAAUUAGGUGCGCGUCCUCCGUCGUUAUUUGAUGUGUGACAUAAUAGUCACUGAUUUAUCGGAGCGGAGGACUAGGACAAAAGGCGUCUGGUUCUCGGAAGUAAUACAGAAAUCCUGGCAACUGUCGUGACAUAAGUCUUUGCUGUUGUUUCGCAGACGUGCAUAUUUUUAGCUAGUUAUGGCAGUACAGAGACAGCGGGUUUUCGCAUCCGUCUGCUUAUGAAUAAUGUAGGAAGAAUCAACUUCUUCUUCUUGUUUACACGUGUCUUCACUGUCACGAUCGAUGCGUAACCCUAUGAUCUAAAUUUUCUAAAUAUCUAUGAAGAUGUCUUGUGUUGGUUCGUAGCUUCUUGUUCGUAGGUCUCAAGUGCAUGGUUAGUAUGGAGAUUCGCAUAAGUACUAUGAAAAUUCGCCGAUCGUAUUCAUCUAGUACCUGUACUGCCGUGAGGCUGAGAAUCUCCGAGUGGAGAAUAAAUACAACUCUACCAAAUCUAUAUCAGCUUUCUGGCGCAACCAACAUUCGACGCUUAUUCUUCGGCAUCAGGGCAAGUUUUUGGCAUGCUCCAGAGCAUGCAUGACGAAUUUACGAAAGACCUCGCCGAGGCGCAGGAAGCAGACGCAGCGGACGCUGAUGCUUUUGCGAAAGGAAAGGUGAUCAAAGAAAAGCUCAUUAAAGACGCGAAGGCCGCGAAAGCAAAAAACGAGGCUUCUCUCGUCGAAGCAAAGGAAGAACUUGGUAACAGUAUUAGAAACCUACGACAGGAGAGGAUGACUGUCAAGAUAAUGUUUCAGCUUGAGAAGAGGACACAUUCAAUGUUGUGUUAUGGAAUCAAUCUUGUGUGAUAUCUGGUUUUUCUUCCGAAGUGCUAUACCUGGGUAGAUGCAGACUCAAACAUAGUUAGAGUGCACUUUUUUAUACCCAAUCUACUUCUUGUUCAGGCAACGCGGAGGCGCAGCUAGCUGCUUGCACAGAGACUCUCGACUCAGAGCAGAAAAUGCUCGCGGAGGUGAUCGCGGAUUGUCAGCAAAAUGUCAAGGACUACGAACAGCGCACAGCUGAUCGGGCAGUGGAGAUGAAGGCCGUCGAUACGGCUAUUGCUUUUUUAGAUUCCGAUGAUUAUGAAAAGAUUUUCUGAUACCUAGGGUAAAGGGGGCUAACUAUAACUCGAAACACUCCUGUUAGUCUUGGUCUUCUCGAAGAUGAGUACGAAUCACGGAACUGCUUAUGUAAAAUGGGUGCCUCAUCCACUCUACUGCUUCCAAGGGAAAUGAUUGCUUGUCAGAUACCCUUGCCAGUGGCUCUAAGCUUCGGCGCGUGAUUUGUUCGCAGACACGUUUUCGUUUGUGCAGGAGCGUCUGGGGAACCAGAGUGAGCAGAAGGCGGCAGAGGCGAAAGCACGUCGUGGCAAAGACCUUCUUUCCCAGGUUGGGAAGAAGUGGAAAGACGUGAAAGUGACGAUUUUAGCCCAAAAAGUUCGGGCAGGAGCUUUCGACAAGAUCAUUGUAGCUAUCGAUGAGAUUGUGAAGGAGCUGAAGCUCACAAUCAAAACCGACCAAGCGCAGUUUGACGGCUGCAACGAGUUCAUCAACGCCAAAACAAAACUCGUUCACGAACUGGAAGGUGCUUGUCAUUUCCCGUUGUUCAUCAGUGCUCCUAAAUCUAAAGAAUCUAAAAUAAGACAUUCCGAUAUUUUCAUGAGUUUAGGUGGUAGCAUUCACAUCCGACUAGCUGUGUGGCUCAAAUCCAAGUUUUCCAAAUACUGGCGUUUCCUUUCCUCUCAGGUGAGUUGGAGACGCUCGCCGCGCAAGCAGACACACUGCAGACCGGGAUCGACGAGUUGAAGGCAGCGAUCGCGGCUCUGCAAGAGGACGUCGCUACUGCGACGCAGCAAAUGAAUCAGGCAGCAGAGGAGCGCAAAGAGGCAAGUACGGCCUUCCGAACGGAGCAGGCGAACAACGACGCUGCACUCAAGUUGUUAACGAAGACGAAAGAGGUACUACUUUGUGCUUCAUCAGCUCGGUAACAUAAUGCUUUUAGCGUCGACGUAUAGACUAUUAUUGCUAUUUACUCGGUGGAGCUGUACUUGUAGAAUCCGAUGGAGGUUUAUCAUUUUACUGACAGGCAUGAGUCAGCGUCCUUUCGUGGAUGUUUCUCUGUACGAAGAACUAGAACCAAGCAUAAUCAAAGUGACCACCAGGUACUCGCCGGAGCAUUUACUUCUUCUGACGGCGCUUACACUAGCGCAGCAGCGGGAGCCGCGCUGGUGCAACAAGAGCCGAGUAAGCCUGACGAGUUCAAGCAGUACGAAGUAAACCAAGGUGGCAAUAAGGUCCUCGAGAUGAUUCAGGGCAUCAUGGACGACACCGAGAAAGCCAUGAAAGUUAUGAUGAAAGAGGUAGAGUUAAUACCAUGAUCAGAAACAACACCAAAAGAUGAGAUGGCUCUGCUAGCCUACGGCUACGUAGCAAGUUGGAUAUCUAAGUAGUAAAAUCACUGUACCUAAUCCUACAGUUCUGAGCGACUGGUGACUUUAUUCCAUCCUCUAAACGCAAUGCCCUUACUCAAGAGAACAUGGAGCAAAAGAGCUACGAGGACCUGGUUCACGAUCAAAACGCGUUGAUUGUGUCGUAUCAGAAGCAAAUCUCCGAAAAGGACGGUGAGAUGGCGCAAAAAGAAACCGAGCUCUCGCAGAAUCAAAAGACUACGAAGGCGAUGAAGGAAACCCAUGGGGUAACAGUUAUAUUAAUUAUCAUAGAACGAUUAGCAAUUGAAAUCUUAAACUAAAAUGUAAGCAGUCGCUCUGACUUCUUCUCGACAGAAUUCUUGGUUUCGGUCGUGGGACGAAUACCAUCAUCAACGAAAGAAACUGAUAUACAAAUUUAGACUGAAGACAAAUUUUCGGUGGCACUUCACAAAUGGAGAAACUGCUACCUUGAUCAAAUUUAUGAGUCGGAGCGCGAUGCUAGAGGAGCUUGAGAUUUUGUAAGGUUUUGACAUCCAGCACUAUGCAUAUUUAUUGAAGAUAUUUCUUUCUUACAACUCGGCAGGUCGAGUCAAACCUAUUGUCGGGAAAGAAAGAAGAGUGCGCGUUCAUUCUCGGAAGUAUUGGCGUCCGCAAAGCGCACAUGAAUGGUGAAAUCAAGGCGCUGAAUGACGCCCAGGCCUUCUUGAACAACAUGCAGUAAGAGAAGGUUAUGAAUCCUGACCAAUUAACGUCGAUGGAAAAAUUUUUGAGGCGCCCGUCUGUAUCCGUUUCUCGUCUUCGCUGCGUGGUGAUGAAUGAUAAUACAAUGCUUACGGGGCCUCAACAUGAGAGGUCAUUUGGCAGGUGAUCAGCCGUGGCGGACGUGUGAGACUGUAGCGAUUCAUGCCUGAAGUUGUGUCUAGCCCUACAAGCGCACGUCUUGCAUGGCUGCGUUCCACCGAACGCAGUGGAGGAGCGGUCUGAUGUCAUUUUUCUCUCAUGGCAUGAAGGCAACAGCCUGGGCUGUCCAGGCUCGACUAGUUUGAAACAAAAACAGAAGGAAGCAAUUCGUUGUAGGUCAUAGUUAGUUUAGAUUAUUUUUUUAGGAAGAUAUUAAGGAUACGGUACCUACCUCUACUUGUGCAUGCAUGAUGAAUAAUAGACAGGCCGUCAUUAUCGACCACCUAAGUCAUUUGAUAAUAUUCCUAGGACGAGGUUGCGCUUACCUGUUCUAGGAUGUUUUGAAAAGGUAAAGUAGUACAGCCAAUGAGUGCGCAUUUCUUUUGCUUUGUAGGGAUUCCGAUUCGACUCACACACGCACAUAGUUGCAGAUCAUCUAGAAUCAUGGGUCAUUUGUAUCUAUCUGUCUGGUACAGCUUGAACAGGUGCAUACCCAGUUGUCAAAUAGCAAUGUACAUCUGAAUGAUGGAGCGCCCAGCCACACCAUUUUUCGUUUUGGAUUAUAAUUUUUGCCGAUUCAGAUUCACCUUCACGGAAAUGCAUCCGAGCACUAGAAUUCGAUAUCUAAUAGUACGUAGUUAAUCGUCCAUGGAAGCAUUAAUUCCUGCAUCUUUUUGUAAGCAGUUUCGGGGCAAUGUUGCACAAUUAUCUUAAUCUUAGUUUUUUCCUCUCCAACCAACGAAUCAAUCACACGUCUCAAUAACAUCACACUCGGCACGCUUCUCAUUAUUAUUUUUCACGUCUUGGGCACACUUAACUUAAUAUCCUGAUUUCACAGCUCGUCUCUAUUGUCUUGACUGGCAACAGACAAAAUCAAAAUACUUGCUUUUCGGUCUGUAUUUAUUUAGUUGAUUUUUUGGCGACUUUUCGGUAUGAUGAUUUCUUUGGUACAUCGUUGGGAACGAGGGAAGCAC